AUGCGCCCGUGUACUCGAAACGACUUCACAAUCGCCAUACUCUGCGCCCUCCCAGUCGAAGCCGAUGCCGUCGAGGCCCUCUUCGACGAGACCUACGGGCGCCUAGGAAAUUCUUUGGGUAAAGUUCCAGGGGAUGCGAACACAUAUGUUAAUGGACGAAUCGGAAAGCACAAUGUAGUCCUAUGCCGCAUGCCAGGCCAGGGCAAACGGAUCGCAGCAACCGUGGCCACAAGUCUACGGAUCAGCUACCGGCAGAUCAAACUGGCUCUGGUCGUAGGAGCCUGCAGCGGUGCACCCUCGGCGGGCGGCAAAAACCUGUAUCUUGGUGACGUUUUAAUUAGCGAUACCUUGAUUGAAUAUGACUUUGGGAGACGGUACUCCUGGGGCUUCGAGCGGAAGACAGGUGUAAAGGAUAUCUUGGGCAGACCAAAUCCUGAGAUAAGAGCACUUCUACAUGCGUUAAAGUGCUCACGGGCGCACAACGAGCUCGAGUGUGAUCUUUCGCGGUUUCUCGAGGUUCUUCAGCGAAAGCAGGCAAGAUGGAGCCUUCCAGGUAGUCCUGAUGUUCUCUUUCAGGCGUCCUAUCUUCAUAAACACCGUGCUCGAAACUCUUCUGCUUAUUGUCGCUGCUCCGAAGCCAAUGUCCCCGGCGGCAUGUGCGAUGAUGCUCUAAUGACGGACUGUGAUGGGCUUGGUUGCUUCGUGGGGCCGGUUGUCCGUCGGCGAAAUGUUACAGCUGCGCCAAAGCCAUCUGUUCACAUUGGAUCAAUUGCAUCUCUAGAUGCCGUCAUGAAGUCUACCAAUCUGCGCGACGAAAUCAUAUGCAAGGAAGAUGUGGCAGGCUUCGAAAUGGAAGGGGCAGGGGUGUGGGAGAGCCUCCCGACUGUCAUUAUCAAGGGUGUUGAUGACUACGCCGAUGGCCACAGCAGUAAGGCAUGGCAAGCAUACGCAGCUGCCACUGGAGCUUCUGCUGCCAAAGCCUUCUUAGGAUACUGGGUACAAGAAGAUGAUGCAACCAGGCAGGACCGUCGGACAAUCAGGUUUCCUAAAAGCCUGCUGUUUAAAGGUCGCUAG